UACCAACACUUUUCUUUUGGGUAACACUGAACUCUCCUGUCACUGGGCUCAUUUUCACGCUCUGCGACAAAAUUCUGCGGCUCUUUUGGAAUGCCAAUCAAAGUGCUUCGAUUGCCAAUUACCUAAAUUAUUCCUGCCCUUUUUUUACGUAAUUCAACCGAGAGACAAACACACACUUUUCGGGGUGAAAUGAGUUGACAAAAUCAAUCCACAAGUGCAUCGCAUACGUGAACGUGGAGAAAAACGGUGGAGAAAAGAGACCUGGAAAUUCAUGAGCAAGAAAUCUGUAAAAGCGAAAUGUUUCUCAGCAAGUUUAUCGGUUCGGCACGAAAGUGCAUCGCUAGGAAGCGCUAUAUUGCCUUUUUGGUCCUCUUAAUCGCAUCAACUGUCUUCUAUUGUACGAUUUUCCACUUGGAAGUGAUAUGCUUUAGGGUAAAUUUGGAGAAGAAGAUAUCAACUAUCUGCGAAAAGUUCAAUCGCAAUGAAUUCAGCGGAUCUCUGUGCAGCGAAAUCUGCUCCCAUCGCAGGGAUUUUGAGUGUCCUGAGAAUGCGUCAAAAAGUCGCAAGCUCGCCUUCGUGAUUGGGAGCGAAAGCAGUCGCAGGAUCACGGUGAAGGAGGCGCCGAACACCGUUGAUGCCCUCAAAUGGCUCGAUCGCGAUGGUCAGGAGCACUUUCCGUCCGAAGUGGAGUUCAUCAGGAUCGUCAAUCGCACGAUGUUCUUCAAGUACAACACAAUCUUGCCACUGUCGGAGCUGCGAGAGUUCCUCGGCCUCAGGAUUCACUUCGGCGACACGGACAUCUUCCAUCGCUUUCUCGAGGAUACUUGGCGCCUCGUCAAUGACAACGAUUACAUGAUGGCAAAGAUUUGGGACAAUAUGGAGCUGUUCCCGAAGAUUUACGGCUCAUGCGGACCGUUCUUCGGCGAGGAAUACAUCACGCCCUUCGAUGGAGGGAAUCAUUUGGAAAUUCUGAGUGCCACAGAUUGGAAACAUCGUAUACAGAAAGCCGUCUUAAUUCUCGACUUUGUUGAGGAACUAGAUAAUAAUUUGAUAACAAUGUGUGAUAUAAAAUUAACCAACUUCGGCAUAUCAGACAAUAGAUUGAAGUACAUGAAUCUGGAGCACGUGUUCUCCGCCACAUUCAUGGAUCGCUACAUUUCCGACGCCAAGACGUGCUGGAAGGACGUGCAGUGUAGCUUUAAGGCGUGCCGCAGCAAGUGCAGCAAGAACAUUGAGAAGUGCACAAAUCGACAAAUGAACAAUAAUUUGCAAAUUGCUUGUGAUAAAAUUUUUAGAGGAUCGACAUAUUCACCUGGAAUUCUCGUCACGUCGCGCUCCACAAAGAGUCUGCUAAAUUUACUGGACCAAUGCGCAGAUCCGCAGAAUAACAUAGAGGCCGAUCCUUACAGACCACUUGGACCUUCGAAGGAGAUCAGAAAUGCUCUGUACAUGGAAUUAACCAACAUUUACGAUAGCCUUACCUUUAUAAAUUGA